CUUAGUAUCGACCUAUCGACUGUUCUCUCAUAUUGUACGCAGGCGCAACAGCUUGACAUGAUAUUUUGUUGCUUGCUAAAAGUUGCAAAUUUUAUAUUUUAGAGAUCGUACUUAUAUUUUGUUAAUCAUGGAUUACAAGGAUGAGCAACGCAAUGAAAUCGAAGCGUUGGAGUCAAUUUAUUGCGGGGAAUUGGAAAUUUUAGCGACAGAACCGUUUUAUACGUUUGCUAUACCGAUUAAAACGGAAGAAUACGAGACAGAAACUGACAAUGGUCUCAGUUGUCGGUUAGAAUUUACAUAUACGUCAAAGUAUCCAGAUGAACCAUUACUUAUAUCAAUCACGGAGCAGGAAAAUUUCGAGAAUGGCGAUGAUGAGAAAUUGAAGGCACAUUUGAUGGAACAAAUGAAUGAGAAUCUGGGCAUGGUGAUGGUUUUUACAUUAGUUAGCGCGGCUCAAGAAUGGCUUAAUGUACAGUGGGACAAGAUAAAAGUGAGGAGAGAAGAGACUGCUGCGAAAAAACAGAGAGAGGAAGAGGAAGCUGAAAGGAAACGAUUCGAGGGAACUCGUGUAACUGUGGAGUCUUUUCUGAGCUGGAAGGAGAAAUUUGAUGAAGAAAUGGGUUUUACAAAACGAAGAGAACUGGCAGACCGUGAGGGAAAAAAAUUAACAGGCAGAGAAUUAUUUAUGACCGAUAAAACAUUGGAUCAAUCAGAUCUUAAAUUCUUGGAUGACGGUGAUGCUGUAAAAGUAGAUGAAAGUUUAUUCCAAAAUCUAGAUGAUUUAGAUUUAGAAGAUGAUGAUGAUGACGACCCAGACUUUGAUCCAAAUAUCUCGGAUGAUAGUGCCUAAAUGGGUUUAAUUCAGUAGUCACUAAUGAACUGAUAUGUAGAACAAGUUAUAAAAAAAUUUACUAAAUUAUUACAAAAAGAAAGUAAAUAAAAAUAUAUAUUUGAAAAUAUAUUUUAAGUACUAGAAUUUCUCUUGUGAGCUGGAUAUAUUUAGUAGAAGAAAUGACAGUGAUAAAUGAACUGUGGUUGAGACAGAUAACAUAUUUCUUCAACCAAUAUUUCACUAACAGAUAAAAUUCACAACUGAAAAUAUUUAAA